AUCAAUGGCGCCCUUCCUCUAUUCCACCCAAAUAACGUGAACAGGGCCUCUGAUUACACCUGUAUUGUCUUCGUUUUCGUCUACUCGCUUGGGUACAGCAUAGGUUUUGGCCCGGCAGCCUGGGUCUAUGGAUCUGAGGUCAGAGCAGCACGCGUACAACUGACGAUUGGAACUCCGACUAACCAAGCGAUUCAUAUCUUUCCCACGGCCGUCCGUGCUCGUGGGCUCAGCUUUGCUGCCUCAGCCGGCGCCAUCGGCUCCAUUAUGGUUGCACAAAUUUGGCCCGUUGGCAUUGCCAACAUCGGCUCCAAAAUCUAUUUCUUCUUUAUGGCCAUAAACCUGAUAUGCGUGCCAAUCAUCUACCUUCUGUACCCCGAAACAAACGGGCGUCGACUUGAAGAUAUGGACGUCCUAUUUGGUGGAAACCCUGCCGUCAUUCCUACCCACCUUCUUGAGCAAGACGUCGACGAUACUCGCGGCCUCGUGCCAAAAACAUCUCUAGCCAAUCGCCCGGAUCUAGAGCCUGACCAGACUAUAUGA